AGAGCAAGUAGUGCCAGAGCGGAUGAAUCAGGCGGAUGUACACUGCAGUUGUAGGCUCCUCAGCUGAUGUGAAAGUAGCUGGGUGAAGGGAGAGAGAGAGAGAGAGAGAGAGAAAAGAGGAACUGGUGCACUCUGUUACUACUACAACACUGGAACAAAUAGUGAAUGGUAGUGUCUAGAAAGGGUAUGUCCCUUCAGGAGAGAGGUGCCAAUGUCCAACCGGCCUAAUUCCAAUUCAGGGGGGUCACUGCGCCGUUCACAGAGGAACACUGCUGCGGCCCAGCCACAAGACCAUACAGUAGCGGGAAGGUUGCAGUCAGAGCAGGUAAAACAAAAAGCUAAUUCCCCACCUGAAAGCAGAAGACCUAAUUCUAAGGCUUCCAAAGCCACAGCCAGCACAGCCACUGGCCAGUCCAGGGGUCACAGCUCAAAAAGAAGCGGUUCUACACUGUCAGUGGCUUCACCUGUGUUACAAGACGACCCUGGCACUGCAGGGACAUCUGAACAAGAGAGACCAGGCCAGUCAAAGAGCGAAGGCACCCGAGGGUUAAAACGAAGUGAAGCUCCAGACCAAAUUAGUACUUUUGCACCAACCCCUGCCAAGAAACCCAAGUCACUCCCCCCACCCCGAGAAAAUACCUCAGACAACAAGAAAGGCUCAUCAAAGUCUAAAAAGAAAUCACUUUCUUCAGAAACACCUGCAUUGUCAGGUCGAGGCCAGAGCAAGAAGAGUGUGCCCACAGGGGCCGCAUCUGUCCAGAAACGCAAGAAAUUGGACUCUCUCCCCGGCCUUAGUAGCACUGCUGGGUCCCUCCCCAAUCGCACAGAGGGCAGAACUGCAAAACCCUCCAAGCUGGCGUCUAAAUCGGCCGCCUCAGCCAAAGCUGGGUGCAGCAACGUGACGGACUCAUCUUCCUCCUCUGCUUCCACCUCUUCCUCUUCUUCAACUACAGGCACCAACAGCACUGCCUCACAGGGCGCCAGAGUCAAGCAAGGAAAAGACCAGACCAAGGCCCGUCGCUCUCGUUCAGCCUCUAGCCCCUCCCCACGUCGCAGUACUCGUGAAAAAGAGCAGGCCAAGGCCGCCAGCUCGUCCAAAUUUGAGUGGGCAGCACGCUUCAAUCCCAAAGUAAACCUGCCAAAACCUAAACUGACCUUACCUGGAUCGUCUAAAACAGAGACCUCCAAACCUGGGCCAUCGGGAUUACAAGCUAAACUAGCAAGCUUGAGAAAAUCUUCUAAGAAGCGCAGCGAGUCUCCCCCAGCAGAGCUCCCCAGUUUUCGGCGGAGCACACGCCAGAAGACCACGGGCUCUUGUGCCAGCACCAGUCGGCGAGGCUCAGGCCUAGGCAAGCGCGGGGCAACUGACGCUCGCCGGCAAGAGAAAAUGGCCGACUCCGACAACAACCAGGAUGGGGCCAACUCCUCAGCCGCUCGCACUGAAGAAGCAUCCCAAGGGGCAUCAGCUUCAAGCUCAGUGGCAGGAGCGGUGGGCAUGACCACCUCAGGAGAAAGUGAGUCUGAUGACUCUGAAAUGGGAAGGCUGCAGGCUCUAUUGGAAGCCAGGGGACUCCCUCCACACCUUUUUGGGCCUCUGGGACCCCGCAUGUCACAGCUAUUUCACAGGACCAUAGGCAGUGGUGCCAGCUCAAAAGCUCAGCAGUUACUGCAAGGCCUGCAGGCCACAGGUGACGAGUCUCAGCAGCUUCAAGCUGCCAUUGAGAUGUGCCAGCUGCUGGUGAUGGGAAAUGAAGAGACUCUUGGUGGGUUUCCUGUUAAGAGUGUGGUGCCUGCUUUGAUUACACUGUUACAAAUGGAGCAUAACUUUGACAUUAUGAAUCAUGCCUCCCGUGCUCUCACAUACAUGAUGGAGGCACUGCCACGGUCCUCUGCUGUGGUGGUGGAUGCUAUCCCUGUCUUCCUGGAGAAGCUUCAGGUGAUCCAAUUCAUUGACGUAGCAGAGCAGGCCCUAACUGCCCUGGAAAUGUUGUCACGGCGACACAGCAAAGCUAUUUUACAGGCUGGUGGGCUCGCAGACUGCCUGCUCUACCUUGAGUUUUUUAGCAUCAAUGCCCAGAGAAACGCUCUGGCCAUUGCAGCAAACUGCUGCCAAAGCAUCACUCCAGAUGAGUUUCACUUUGUAGCUGAUUCUCUUCCACUGCUGACUCAGAGACUCACUCACCAGGAUAAAAAAUCCGUCGAAAGCACUUGUCUCUGUUUCGCCAGACUUGUGGACAACUUUCAACAUGAAGAGAACCUGCUGCAGGAGGUGGCAUCCCGGGAUUUGCUGACCAACAUACAGCAGCUCCUGGUAGUUACCCCUCCUGUGCUCAGCUCGGGGAUGUUCAUUAUGGUUGUGCGCAUGUUUUCUCUCAUGUGCUCCAACUGCCCCAGUCUGGCGGUGCAGCUUAUGAAACAAAACAUAGCAGAAACUCUGCGUUUCCUCUUAUGCGGGGCAUCAAAUGGCAGCUGCCAGGAGCAGAUUGAACUUGUGCCACGCAGCCCACAAGAGCUCUAUGAACUGACCUCCCUCAUAUGUGAGUUGAUGCCCUGCUUACCGAGGGAAGGGAUUUUUGCUGUUGACAUAAUGCUGAAGAAGGGGAGUGCUCAGGCAGCCGAGGGUGCCAUCUGGCAGUGGAGGGAUGACCGUGGCCUAUGGCACCCUUACAACCGCAUUGACAGUCGCAUUAUUGAGACAGCCCACCAAAAUGGUGAGGACGAGAUCAGCUUGUCAACACUGGGUCGUGUCUACACGAUUGACUUCAACUCUAUGCAGCAGAUCAAUGAAGACACAGGAACAGCACGGGGCAUACAGAGGAAACCUAAUCCGCUUGCUAAUCCCAGUACAGGGAGUCACCAAGAGGUUCGUCGUGAAGAUGCUCGGGCCCAGUUGAUGAAGGAGGACCCUGAACUUGCUAAGUGUUUUAUCAAAACUCUCUUUGGGGUUUUAUAUGAGGUGUACAGCUCGUCUGCUGGCCCUGCUGUCAGACACAAGUGCCUUAGAGCCAUCCUCAGGAUCAUCUACUUUGCUGAUGCAGAGUUGCUAAAGGAUGUGCUGAGGAACCAUGCUGUGUCGAGUCAUAUUGCCUCUAUGUUGUCCAGCCAGGAUUUGAAGAUUGUAGUAGGUUCUCUGCAGAUGGCAGAGAUUCUCAUGCAGAAGCUGCCUGAUGUCUUCAGUGUCUAUUUUAGAAGAGAAGGCGUAAUGCACCAGGUUAAAAACCUGGCAGAGUCCGAGGCGUUUCUAGUCACUAGUCCACCUAAGGCUUGCCCUAGUGGCACUACCAGUCUGUGCACUACUACCAUCAGUACUGCUUCUACCACGUCUGCAAAUAAUGUUACUCCAGACCUGGGCUCACCCAGCUUCCAGCACAGCAUGGACGACUCAUUGGACCUCAGCCCACAGGGGCGGCUAAGUGAUGUCCUAAAGAGAAAACGACUACCUAAACGAGGGCCAAGAAGACCAAAAUACUCACCUCCGAGAGAUGACGAUAAAGUAGACAAUCAGGCUAAGAGCCCAACAAGUACUCAAUCUCCCAAAUCCUCCUUCUUGGCUAGUCUUAAUCCUAAAACCUGGGGUAAACUGGGAGCCCAGACCAACAAUUCCAACUCAGAACCCUCACGCACAGCAGGGGUCAGUGGCCUGGCCAGGGCCCCUCCAAAGGAUUCUAUAUCAAAUAACAGAGACAAAAUAAAGGCUUGGAUCAAAGAACAGGCCGGUAAGUUUGUAGAGCGCUACUUCAACUCGGAAAAUGUUGAUUGCAGCAACCCUGCAUUGAAUGUACUCCAGAGACUUUGCACAGCCACCGAACAGCUCCACCUACAGAUGGACGGAGGUAUGGAGUGUCUGUUGGAGAUUUCCAGUAUUGUAUCAGAGUCGGACGUUUCGUCAUUUGAGAUACAGCACAGUGGAAUGGUGAAGCAGCUUUUGGUUUACCUGACCUCCAAUAUGGAUACAGACCUGCUGAGCCGGGACGUCCGUCUAAAGAGGUUCCUCCACGUAUUCGCUGGCUGCCCGAUUCCAGGAGUGGAGCCGGUAGGUCGACUGGACCCAGCAGAGAAUGGACCUUACCUGGCCCUUGUGCACAAGAUGAACAGCUGCCUGAGCCAAAUGGAGCAGUUCCCUGUCAAAGUGCAUGACUUCCCCAGUGGCAAUGGCAAUGGAAGCAGGGGUUCUCAAGCACUGAAGUUCUUUAAUACACACCAGCUAAAGUGUCAACUGCAGAGACAUCCAGACUGCACUAAUGUGAAACAGUGGAAAGGCGGCCCUGUAAAGAUAGAUCCACUGGCCUUAGUGCAAGCUAUCGAGCGAUAUCUGGUUGUUAGAGGGUACGGCCGUAUCAGAGAAGAGGAUGAAGACAGCGAUGAUGACGGCUCAGAUGAUGAAAUAGAUGAGUCGCUGGCAGCACAGUUCUUGAAUUCUGGCAGUGUACGUCACAGACUACAGUUCUACAUCGGUGAUCACCUAUUACCGUACAACAUGACGGUGUAUCAGGCAGUACGACAGUACAGUCUUCAGGCAGAAGAGGAGAGGGAGUCCACAGAUGAUGAGGCCAACCCACUGGGGCGAGCUGGUAUCUGGACCAAAACGCAUACAAUAUGGUAUAAACCAGUGAGAGAGGAUGAGGACGGAAGUAAAGACAGUGUGGGUGGAAAGAGGAACCGGGCCCAGACUGCUCCAACCAAAACCUCACCACGGAAUGCCAAGAAGCAGGAUGAGCUUUGGCAAGAUGGUGUGUGUCCCAGGGUUAUUAAUCCCUUAGAUACAUACCUCACUUCAGAGCCUCCUGAGACCAUAACCUUCGAUGAUCCCUCCUUGGAGGUCAACCUGCUGCUGAGGGUCCUUCACUCUAUCAGUAGAUACUGGUUCUACUUGUAUGAUGUAAGUGUAAACCUGACCAAUUUGCUACAACUUAGCAUAACAGGAAACAUUCCGACAUGGCUCAUUGAGCUCGGAAAAACCUGUCCGUUUUUCUUCCCUUUCGACACCCGGCAGAUGUUAUUUUACGUGACUGCCUUUGAUCGUGAUAGAGCCAUGCAGCGUCUUCUGGACACAAAUCCAGAGAUCAACCAGUCAGAUUCUCAGGACAGCAGGGUCGCACCACGUCUCGACAGGAAAAAGAGGACAAUAAAUCGUGACGAGCUGCUCAAACAAGCAGAGUCUGUGAUGCAGGACCUGGGGAGCUCUAGGGCCAUGUUGGAGAUUCAGUAUGAAAACGAGGUUGGCACUGGUCUUGGGCCAACUCAGGAGUUUUAUGCCCUGGUGUCUCAAGAGCUCCAACGGGCUGACCUUGGUUUGUGGCGGGGUGAAGAAGUCACUCUGGCCAAUCCUAAAGGGAGCCAAGAGGGAACCAAGUACAUGUUCAGCUCCAGAGGACUUUUUGCCGUUCCUUUUGGCAGAACAACCAAACCAGCACAUUUAGCCAAAAUCAAAAUUAAGUUCCGUUUCUUAGGAAAGCUAAUGGCAAAAGCCAUUAUGGACUUCCGACUGCUUGACCUUCCCCUUGGGCUGCCAUUUUAUAAGUGGAUGCUGCGACAUGAGAUGUCUAUAAGCUCCCAUGACCUUGUAAAUAUUGACCCUAGUGUAGCCAAGUCCAUCCAGCAUCUGGAAGAUAUAAUCUGCCAGAAGAAAAGGCUAGAGCAGGACAGAUCCCAGACGAGAGAAACUUUACAGCAGGCGCUGGAAAGCCUGAAUAUGAACGGCUGCUCGGUUGAGGAUCUGGGUUUGGACUUCACCCUCCCAGGAUUCCCAAACAUUGAACUAAAAAAGGGUGGCAAAGACAUCCCUGUCACGAUCUACAACCUCGAAGAAUAUCUCAGGUUGGUUGUUUACUGGACUUUGAAUGAAGGAGUCUCCAGACAGUUUGAGUCAUUUAGGGAAGGCUUUGAGUCGGUCUUUCCCUUGCAUCACCUGCAGUAUUUCUACCCCGAAGAGCUCGACCAGUUGUUGUGCGGCAGUAAGUCAGAGACGUGGGACGUCAAAACGUUGAUGGAGUGCUGUCGACCGGACCACGGCUACACACAUGACAGUCGGGCAGUUCGGUUCCUGUUUGAGGUGUUGAGCAACUUUGACGCCGAGCAGCAGAGACUCUUCCUGCAGUUUGUCACUGGAAGUCCCAGACUGCCUGUUGGAGGUUUCCGGAGUCUGAACCCGCCCUUGACUAUUGUAAGAAAGACCUUUGAGUCAACGGAGAACCCAGAUGACUUCCUGCCCUCAGUCAUGACCUGCGUCAACUACCUGAAGCUGCCUGAUUACUCUAGUAUAGAGAUCAUGCGAGAGAAGCUGUUGAUUGCUGCCCGCGAAGGCCAGCAGUCCUUCCACCUUUCCUGAUCUCCCCAUGUCUCACAUUCAAAAUGCCUUCUCCAGCGACUGACGACAUCCUGACUUCCUUCUUAGUUUUUUUGUAAUCACAUACAUCGGGGCUACGUGUACAGCCUUCUUGUUAGAGAAAGCAGCUUGCAGAAAAAUUAAGACAUAUAUAUUUGCCCCAAGUCUCUCAAAAAAAAAAAAAAAAAAAAAAUGGAAAUAUAUUCCAUGACUCACAGGACAUGAAAUAUAAAAAAAGAAAAAAAGAGAGCAAAACUUAUCAGUAGUUGAGUAAUGUUUAAAAAAAGAUGACAACAUCUGGGUGACAUUUUAAAUUGCAUUGCUAUGUGAUAUUUAAAAAGGGAUGUCUCAUCCACUUAGUGGUGGAUAACCGGUUGUUGGGUGUCAAGAAUCGCAGAGGGCAAGGACUGGGUGGGGCAGGGUUAGGGUGGGUCCAUUGAGCAGGCUAGGUUUACUUUAGCUCCAAAGAUCAUUUGUACAGACAAAUUUGCAGACUUUGCUCAUUCUAUACAUUUGAUAGAAUUAGCUAUUUCUUAUCGCACCCCUUCCCCCCCACCCCCUCAGUUCAUCCAUUCACAAUCUGUUGUGUAUUAUAUCAGCCCUGUUUUUGGUGUUUGCCUUUCUGUUAAGCUCCCCAACCCUCCCUAGUGUGUCUUUGCUUCGAGUUGUGAAAAGGAGAGUUGCCGUUGGUUGAAUGCGGAUAGUGUUCAGCUCAUGUUUUCUUUACUUUCUGUCCCUACUACCCAAGUUGAGAUUGUCUUCUGGCCUCCUUCAUUAUAGAGAGCUCCAGCUCGUAUAAAGAGUUGUAACCGAUUUGUUGAUCAGGAAAAAUUGUUUUGCUCUUAUUUUGAUAGAGUCUAGUGUCUUUCUGUUGCUCCCUACACACACGUGUAGGGUUAUUUUGGAAGGCCAAGCUCUGAGCAAACCCCACAACAUGUAAUGUAGCUGGACACAAAAUUUGGCUCAUUUUUAUUGGUUAAAUGGCCAGAUAGCAUUUCAAGCUCAUUUAUGAAAUAAAAAGGUUUAUAUGCAGUUUCACACCCUGUUCAGGGUGGAGAUGUCUGCUUUUUCUUUUUCUUUUGUUUUUUUUAAUUUUCUAUAUUGUCUUUAUUUCUUGCUGUAGUUGAUUUUUUUUUUCUUUGCACUGCUGGCUUGGAACAAACCGUGGUGUGCACCUGCAGUCUGGCCAGGGGAGGGCGCCACUGUAUGCUCUCCUGGCCCAAUCGUUCAUGUGCUGGUUUCUAAGAUCUGCAAUAAUUUACUGCGUCAGGUUCAUGUUUUUACCUGAACAUAAAUAAAGUAACUGUUUGACUCA